AGUGUUUAGGCAUUUAUCGCUAGGUUUUAUUAUUUCACACUUAUUGCUGUAUGACCUAGAACAACGGACAAGAAGUAGGCCUAUUAUCUGUCCAUACACGUCAAGUGAUAUGGUAUUUGACCAUUGCGAUGUACGCUUUAAUCGAGUUUAGGGGUAAUAUGGCAGUGAAAUUCAAGAAGCCCGUUUUGUUGACGGAUGACCCGUGAGGUUGCAAAGAUAUCAGAUACUUAUCAAGCAUUGCUGUUGUUUGUGUGCAGGUGUUGCGUAAUAAAAACUGAAGGAAGUAUUAUUUCUAUUCCUGACCUCUGCGAGACAAAAGCACCUGUGACACGCUUUUUGACCAGAAACGUCCCACCACUCCAUAAUUGAGGGAGCUUGACAGAACGCACCUGGAACGUUCACCAAAAGUGUAAAAAUGGCUGAAGGAAUCAGAGUAUCUUUUUCCAAGGGGAAACGUCCGAGGGGCAAAUACGGACGCUAUUGCAGAAGCAACACAGCUGGUACACGCAGUACCUCGGUAUGGACCGUUAUGUCAGACAAUGGGAAUACACACAGCCGUCCUCCGUAUGAGAGAUGCAGUGAAAUACCAGAACAAAAUAUCCAAGGGGGGCACGGCGCGGGUCCUGUGAAUGAUAUUUGGUUACUGGAGUGGCCUCCCGAGGACGAGACCAGACCGGUGUCAGCAAAAGACAAAUGGCACGCUUUCCGGCGUUCCCAGGGGUUGGUCAUAGCCGUGGUGUUCGUGUCCCUGGCGCUCCAAACCAGCCUGUCGGCAACAUUGGAAGCCAUCCUCCCCUGCCUUCUAAUGGAAGACGACGAAGACCCAACGACCAGCUGUCAAACCUCUCCCAGUAACUCAAGUGUCGUGGCGGUCCCUGGGGGUGGUGCGUCCGUCCCUGGGGUUGGAAGGGAGGAGCCUAAGAUAGAAGGCCUCUCUGGCAAAGGCGGAGUGUUGCUGGCAGUCAAGUUUGCAGUGGAGAUAGUGGUGAGGCCGCUGGUCGGGAUCGUGGUGGGCAGGUUUGGCCACAAGUCGCCUCUGCUGGUUGGGUGUGUUCUAGAUGCCGCGGCAACGAUAGCUUUUGCAUUUGUAAAACAAUUCCCUCUGCUGAUUCUGAUACGCAUGGUUCAGGGUCUGGGGUCAAGUGUCACAUAUGUUGCUGCUGUGACAUUACUUGCUGAAAGAUUCAAAGAUAAAAAGGAAAGGACAAAAGCGUUUGCAGUGGCAUUUGGAGGGUAUGCAGUUGGAAUGCUAGGAGGUUACUCCAUGGGCAGUGUGUUAUAUCAGCUAUUGGGCAGACUGGCGCCUUUUCUUCUACAGGGAGGUCUCAAAUGUUUUGACGCAGGGCUACGUUUGUUGGUUGUUUGCCCCACAGCGGAGGGUACUGAUGACGACAAUAAAUCGUUUAGGAUCUCAAGGUUUCUCAAUAUAUUAAAAGACCCGUAUAUUAUCCAUGCCUUAGGUUUUGCCUUCGUCGUAAACUUUUCCUACUCCCCAAUAUUAGCAAUGGCGCCACCGUGGCUCCUACAGCGAGGAGCACAGGAGUGGCAAAUAGGUGUAUUAUUUGUGGUCUCAGGAGUUGUCCAGCUUAUGAUGCAAGAAGUUGUAAAGCGACUAUCCAAAAUACUUGAUAAUUGGAUUUUAGCUGCAUCAGGACUGCUCUUAUUUGUAACUGCGUAUAUUUCGUACCCAUGGACGAGGAGUGUUUGGGAAGCUCUGGCACCGAACUGUAUCUUGUGUGCUGGAUUUGCCUUUGUGAUUACAGUCGUGUCGCCCAUAGUAACCAACCUCGUGGAGCUACGUCACAACUCCGAGAUAGCGCAGGUGCUCGGACUUUCCAGCGCCAUGUUGUCUCUGGGGUUCGCUGUUGGAACGUCAGGUACUGGGGCACUUAUGGCCGCUACAACGUUCGAAUGGGCAUGUUACCUGGUUGCAUUCGUGUGUAUCUUAUACGCAUGUUUAUGUCUGAUAAUGAUCUGUCAUCCAGUGCCAGAAGAGUGUUCGGAAGAAAAAUCUGAUGGAAAAGCCUACGAAAGAUGUCCUUCCGAUGAAGAAUAAACGGGUUAAAAAAACUUACGGUGCUCCGAUAUGAUUUCGUUUCUUAAACAUCAUUUACCUUUACCACCAUUUUUAUUUGAAAUCUAGAACAUUAUCUCAGGUACACAAUAAUAUAGGAGUCAAGUUGUCUGCAUAGAGUUAAUUGGAAUGAAACACAUUUCCUUCGUGUGUGGGUGUGUUUGUGUGUGUGUGUGUGUGUGUGAGAGAGAGAACGCUAUACCUACUGUGCCAUGCUGACUUUAUUAUAGAUAUAUUUAUUUUCAUUCAAUUUCAUUCAUUUGCUUUAUAUCAAUUAAUUAUUGAAAAACUUAUUUGACUGAAUAAAGACAA